CGUUAGGAUACAAACGAACUGUUCUCAGUGAUUCUGUGACGUGAAUAUCGAAUCGUCGAACCGUGGGAACAAGCGGAAGUACGUACCUGUUCGCGUCGAAGAAAUCGAGGAAAGCAGAUCGAUCGAAUAAUAAAUAAUCGAACGACGGAUCAACAGUGAGACGGAAGUGUGUUUCGUGCGUGUGUGUUUCUGAUUUGUUUUUCACGUAAAAAUUGUAAACCACGUCAAACCGGAGUCUGUGUGUAUCGUUGAGAUACGUCGGAUGUGACCGGCGCACUUCGGGCCGACUUCGUACUUUCCUAUUUAGUGCUUCGGGGCUCGCCGUCGAUUGUUGCCAACUUACUUAACUAACUUAAAUCGCGCGCGGCUUUUCUUCGACCGGGUGCCGUCUUUUCGUCUUUGAAUGCAGAGAUGCUAAAAUGGCGGUUGGAUUAAGUCGCGAGCACCCUUAUCGACCGAUAUAGAAAUAAUUUAGCAAAACAAUCCGUGUUUCUUUAUCUCUUUGUCUCUUAUCGAUGAACGAUAAACAAGAGAAAAAAAAACACAACAAAAAAACGGUGCAGAUCGAUUGUGGAACUGUUUACGAGUGUGUUGCGAUACUGAAAUUCGUACGUAUGCAAGAGUGACUAGUUGCGUGAAACAACCGAGAGGAUUUUGGUCGAAAAUUGAGAAGGUCGGACCGGAAGGAUCACGCAUCGCAGAAGGUCGUUCUCUCUUCGAGUCCGCGAGCAAGAAUAAGAUCAGUUUGAGCAGAGACUGGUCUGUAUAUCUCUCAAGGAUCGACUACUAGCGACUUCAAGGGGAUCCUGAGCCUGGCUGGCUGGGCUUUGGAGGGGUAAAAAGUACCAGCAAUAAAUGGGGACGAAAUAGAAUCGGCCGUAUAGCAGAAUUGAAAGAGAGAGGGAGAGAGAUAGAGAGAGAGAGAGAGAGAGAGAAGAAACGAAGCUGCUGGCUGCUCGACGAAGCCCCGUCGGCGUGUGUUACCCGGUUGUAAUGCGAUCCAAUCCGCAACCUGGAAUCCCUCGAAGCUAAAAGUUGGGCGGUCGACGAGCGAGCCUUGAUUCGCCCAUACUUCGGGACGGUUGGUAGAUGGGACAGGGAAUAUUUUUUUUUAUUAUUUUUUUUUUUAAUCUCAUCUCUUGGACAAAGUCGAGACUCUUCCUCGCGUCCUUCUUGUUACCACUCGCUCCCCGUUGGCCAUCUUGGAGGAGAUCAUACGACGAGGACUACUCGAUGACAUAAGCAUGGAGAACCUGCAGUGACGCUCUCGCCCUCGCCCUCCGCCCCCUUCGAUACCCCAAGAUUUUGUUGACGGGGCAAUUAUGAUCAUGGCCACCGUUAAAAUGGCGGACAAGAUACUUUUCUUAGUCAUAUGCCCGAUCGUACUAUACCUGAGAACUACGCGCGGCGAACAAGUUGUCUUGCUGGAUACUACGACAGAAGGAAGUCUCGAUUGGACUCGGUACCCUUAUGGCGCUCAGGCCAGCACUCCGGGCUGGGUCGAAGAGUCGUUCACGAAUUUCGAAAAGGGUAUAAAUUGGAGAAGCUACGUAGUCUGCGAUGUGGCCUACAACAACGUUAACAACUGGCUAUGGACACCGUUCAUAGAGAGGGGACCAGCGAACCGGAUGUACAUAGAAGUGAAAUUCACUAUUCGAGACUGUUCGCUUUUUCCUGGUAACGCUCUCAGCUGCAAGGAAACCUUCAGUCUUCUCUAUUACGAAUUUGACGCAGCUACCAAAGAGCCACCGCCAUGGGAACCGGAUAGCUACAAACUCAUCGGUCGAAUCGCCGCCGGAGAGGGUAGAUUCAACACAAACACCCAGGAGAUAAUAAACACAGAAGUGAAGUCGAUACCGGUAACGAAGAAGGGUGUAUACUUCGCAUUCCGGGAUCAGGGUGCCUGUAUAUCUAUACUGGCAAUAAAAGUCUACUACAUUAGCUGCCCGGAAGUGAGCGUUAACUUUGCUCACUUCCCGGCAACGCCGACUGGAAGAGAAGUCAGUCAGAUCGAGCAGACGGUCGGCACCUGCGUUGCUAACGCGGUGAAAAUCGAUCAGCCAACUUUCCUCUGCAAAGGAGAUGGGAAAUGGUAUCUCUCAGCGGGUGGCUGUCAUUGCAAACCCGGUUAUCAGGCCGAUGUUGAGAAACAACAGUGCAGCGAGUGCCCAAUUGGGAAAUUCAAGUUCGAGGCUGGUUCUCAGAGCUGCGAACCGUGCCCGGCACACAGCAAAGCUCCGGAUUACGGAUUCACAGAGUGUCGAUGUGACGCCGGCUACUUCAGGGCUGGAAAGGACCCCAAGAACAUGCCAUGCACUCAACCCCCGUCAGCUCCGCAAAAUCUGACAGUCAAUUUUGUGGAUCAAUCGACGGUAAUCCUCUCGUGGAACUCCCCACACGUGCAGGGUGAAAGGUCCGACACAACUUACAGAGUGGUUUGUGACGCCUGCAGCACCGGGGUCAAGUACAUUCCAAACACCGAGAUAUUCAAUGAUACGAAAGUGACGAUCACUGGAUUGAACGCUGUGACAACCUACCGGUUUCAAGUAUUCGCAGAGAACGGUGUUUCCGCCUUGGCCGGUAUGCCGGACUACGUCGACAUAACCGUUACCACGGAGGCAAGCGUCCCGAGCCUAGUCAGCAACGUAAGGUUCACCAGCGUCAAAAGUACCGAGCUAAGCAUAAGCUGGGACGCUCCAAUCACCGAGAUCGGUGGUGACAGUGAUUUGGUGGAACGGUACGAAGUACGCUGCUACCCACGUUUCGACGAAGCCACAAACGCCACCAUCGUACAAACUUCGGAUCUGGCGGCAACGUUCAAAGGGCUAAAGCCGACUACGGAUUACGCGAUUCAGGUGCGAGCCAAGACUACCAGAGGAUGGGGCGAAUACACUCCGGUUGUCUUUAAAAAAACACCGCACGCGCUGGGGCUUGAUUACGUCGGUGACGACGACAACAUGCAGGUCAGGAUCAUCGCUGGUGCGAUCGUCGCCGUCGUCGUUCUCCUCGUCAUCAUUAUCAUUAUGACGGUGCUGUUCUUGCGAAGCAGGGCCUCUGAUGAGUGUAACAAAAAGCAGCCGAGCGAUUGCGACACCCUCGAAUACAGAAACGGAGAAGGACUAGUUGUGACCUACAUGCACUGCAAAAUGGACAGUUCACCGAUUGUGACAACCCACACCAACAAGAGCAAGUCUUCGCUGACUACCCCGCUGUUCACGCCUGCAGUGGGAGUUGCAACGGCAGCCGGUGGCGGUACCGGGGGUGGCGGCGGGGCCCGGAGCUACGUCGACCCUCACACCUAUGAGGACCCGAAUCAGGCCGUCAGGGAAUUCGCUCGUGAAAUUGACGCCGGGUACAUCACCAUCGAGGCGAUAAUUGGUGGUGGAGAAUUCGGAGACGUUUGCCGAGGCAAGUUGAAAUUGCCGCCGGACGGGCGGUCGGAGAUUGACGUAGCCAUAAAGACGCUUAAGCCAGGAUCGGCGGACAAAGCGAGAAAUGACUUCCUGACUGAAGCUUCGAUAAUGGGGCAGUUCGAGCAUCCGAAUGUGAUAUUCCUCCAGGGUGUGGUCACGAAGAGUAAUCCAGUUAUGAUAAUCACCGAAUUCAUGGAAAAUGGAAGUCUGGACACAUUCCUGAGGGCGAACGACGGAAAGUUUCAAGUUCUUCAGCUAGUCGGUAUGCUUCGCGGCAUUGCGAGCGGCAUGCAGUAUCUUGCAGAAAUGAAUUACGUCCAUAGAGACCUCGCGGCUAGAAACGUCCUCGUCAACGCGGCUCUCGUUUGCAAAAUCGCAGACUUCGGAUUGAGUCGUGAAAUCGAAAGUGCCACCGAAGGUGCUUACACGACUAGGGGCGGUAAAAUCCCUGUCCGAUGGACGGCUCCAGAAGCGAUUGCAUUUAGAAAAUUUACAAGCGCCUCCGAUGUUUGGAGCAUGGGAAUAGUUUGCUGGGAAGUAAUGUCCUAUGGAGAGCGGCCAUACUGGAAUUGGUCGAAUCAGGACGUAAUUAAGUCAAUCGAAAAGGGCUACAGACUACCAGCCCCAAUGGAUUGUCCCGAAGCCAUUUACCAGCUGAUGCUCGACUGCUGGCAGAAAGAACGCACCCAUCGGCCUACGUUUGCCAACCUCACCCAGACCCUUGAUAAACUCAUACGGAGUCCAGACACACUUCGAAAAAUUGCCCAGAACAGGGGUACAAAUCCUCUGGCACCGGACGCAGUGGAUCUCACGCAACUGACGUCAGUAGGAGAUUGGCUGUCGUCAAUAAAAAUGUCAAGAUAUGCGGAAAGUUUUGAAAGAGCCGGAGUAACGACACUGGAGGCUGCGGCGAGAGUCACCGUCCAAGAGUUAACUGCCCUAGGAAUAACGUUAGUCGGUCAUCAAAAGAAAAUCAUGAACAGUGUAACUGCUCUGAGAGCUCAAAUGUCAGCAACGUCGCAAGGUUUCCUUGUCUAGGAAUGAAUUUGAAACAUUCUAUACCAA